UUGAAUUCCGUCUGCAAGCAACUGAAUCACGAAUUUACUGUUGACAUGAGCAAGGGAUAGUGACUCUGUUUUAACGCUACUUUAUUGUUGUAGAACAGACGUAUGGUUGAACUUGAUUCAAAUUCACCAGAAGAAUCUUAAGGUCUAAGCAUGGAUGCGAAAGUAAUGAAGAAAACCCAGGACACACUGGGUAAAAUCAUCAAGAAGCCACCUUUGACAGAAAAAUUGUUAUCCAAACCACCAUUUAGAUUUCUUCAUGAUGUUAUGACAUCGUUAAUAAAAACUACUGGAUUUAUGAAGGGUUUAUUCACGGACACUGAAAUGAAUUCAGAAAAUGUUAAGGAUAAAGACAGUAAAAUGGCAUUUUUACAGAAAGUCAUUGAUUUCACAUCUUCAGUAACAGGCAAAUCUAUCUCAGCUAAACCUAGUAAGAUUGUGGCUGGGCAUGAGCCAGAAAAGACAAAUGAGUUUUUACAGAGCCUGGCAGCUGCUGCCAAUAUGAAGGGUGACCAUGAUGCACAAGUGAGCAGAUUUCUUAGUAAAGGCUCCAAAGAAGAACCUGCCAAGGAGAAAUCAAAAGACAAAGAGGAAAAGCGCAGAAAAGAUCCAGAGGAGAAACGUGAUAGAGAAAAGAGCAGAGAUAGAGAAAGAGGUAGGGAAAAGGAAGAUAGAAAGGAUAGAGAUGAAAGGAAGGAGAGGUCUCGAGAUAGGGAGGAGAGACACAGGGAUAGGGAGGACCGCCACAAGGAUCGUGAAGACAGACACAAGGACCGAGAAGACAGACACAAGGACCGGGACAGGAGAAAAAAGGUUGUUGACAUACCUGACCCUGAUACACUGGCUGAGUUUUUGUGUGCUGAUGACCAAUCAGAUGGUGAUACAGACUCAGAUAUGGACCUUCUUGCUAAUUUGUCUGACAUGGAUAUUCCUAAUCACCCUAAGUCAUCCAAUUUAAAGAACAAGAAUGUCAAAACCAUCGAAAAUGUGUCUGUAAAUGCUAUCCCAAAGGUUGAAGAGAGAGAGAUAGUAAAAACACCUAGGACAAAUCGUCCUGGGGCAGCUCGACCACGAGUCAAUCGGCGUCCGGAUGUUUCAUACAGUAAUGAAGUGGUACACAAACCCCAGGAUACGGAGCACAGAGAGGUAGUACAAAGGUACCAGGACACAGAUUACAGAGAAGACCGAACCAAAGAUACAGAGCACAUGGAAAUGGUACAGAAACCACGGGACAUUGAGCACCAAGACACUGGGAAUGUUAAUGCUGAGAAACCGCUAAAUGAGGGAUUUAUGGAGACAGAAGGAAAGAAAAGGAAGUCAGGAACGAAAAGUCGUAUGGCCAUCAGGGAGAGACAGAAAGAAGAGGCCAUGAAAGUUAUCCAUGGAAAAAGCGAUAGCAGUAAAAUCAGCACUAAACCAGAAUCUGGCAAAUCAUCAAAAUCUUCUCCGGGUAAAAAAACACCAUCCAAAGAUUCUGUUGUCCUAGAUUCACGAUCAAAAGCCAGUAAAAGAUUGCAGAAAAGCAAAGUAGCCAAGCAACCCAUGAUUGCAAAGAACAGCCCCUCUAGGUCAAAGCGCCACAAAGACAGUGUGAGGUCAGCACAAGGCCAGGAAGGUUUGUCCAGCACCAUGCACGAGGAUCAGGUGUACCAGGUUGACCCCUACAGAGUACAGGACAUCAAGAGAAAACGCCUUCAGCAUAGAGAUGAUGAUGAGGGAAAGGAAAAUGAAGGCAUGGUCAAUGGAGAAAAACAGGAGUCUGAAGUACAGAGACCAGUCCGUCCAUCCUCAGCAAAGGGUUCUAGGCGGCGCAGAGAUGGGCGGCAUCGUGAUUCGAGUGAUGAAGAGGAUGAACAACAUCAGCAGCAGGCACCACCAAAAAGGGCUCCACCUCCAUCAGAACCGAUGGGUGAGGAUGACCUCCCACCCCAGGUUUCUGCCACAAGAAAAAUGAAUAGACCAAGCAGUGCUCGUCCAGCCCCACCAAGGAGGAAACAGGAAACCAUUGAGAAUGAGCCAGCUAUGAGACUAGGGAGUGGAAAACCAGCUAAUGUCAUAGUAGAUGAUGGAGAUUCAGAUGACGAUGAAAACUUUUUGGUGGAAGAAUCUGCUCCUCCUCCUCCUGAACCAGACCAGACCAUUUCUCGGCCAGAAGACAGUGAUGAAGAUGAUCACGGAGGCCUAGUGAAGAAGAUUCUGGAGACAAAGAAGGAAUUGGAAGGUGGCAGUCAACAACAGCAACAGAUAAGGAAAACAGAAGUGGAGCGGCCCACAAUGUCUGAUGCCCAGAGACGGAAACAACGUGAAAUGGUCCAGAAAGAAAUAGAUAAGUUACGUGGUAGUAUUCAGACUUUGACACGUAGUGCUAAUCCACUUGGCAAAAUCAUGGAUUAUGUACAGGAAGAUUUAGACUCUAUGCAGAAAGAGCUGGAGCGAUGGAAAGCGGAAAACAAGGAACAUGUUUUGGCUUUAAAGAGAGAGAAGGGUAUUACUGACAAAGCUAUUGAGCCCAUGAAGGCACAGCUUGGAGAAGUGGAUCAGGCUAUUGCUGACCAGGUGGAUCUCAUUGCUGCUGUCAAGUCCAACAUCAUUAGGAAUGACCAGAAAAUAGAUAAACUACUGCGCAGUAUAGCCAAGUCUUGAGUUUCUAUAUGUGUGUUCAUGUUUAAUAUGUCAUCCGUCCAAAGACAUUAAGCCAAUGAUAGCUUGCAUAGAACUUGUGAAUUGAAAGAUUUCAAAGAUUCGGGGUUGAAUAGUCACGCGAGGCAUUGCUCUACACAUCAAUCAUUGUCUUGUUACACAUGUAAGAACUAGAUCAUCUUCAGAAAGAAUUUAUUUUUAGAGAAUACAUUGUAUCAAAAAAGUAGAAAGCUACCAACAACCUGAUUUGUUUAAUAGCGAAUGAAAAUGUUUAUGAUCUAUCAAUUUGCCCUUUUUUUAAUGAUUUCAUGGACAUAUCAUUAAAUUAUGUACAUAUCAUUAGAUGAGCUAGAAUAUCCAGUACUUGUUUUUCCUUGGAUUUUGAGAAUGAAUUUAGAUAAAAAUGUGAAGUACCACACCCCCUCGAACAUGGGCUCACUGUCAUAGUAUUGUAGUGAUUGAAAUGAGACAAGAAAUUUACCGUCUCCAAAAUACAUUCUGAUACGAGAACUAAAGGGCACUCCAUUCUGAUACGAGAACUAAAGGGCACUCCAUUCUGAUACGAGAACUAAAGGGCACUCCAGAAAGCAUUACCCAAAUAUCUGGGGUCCCUGUGAUCAACUCACUAGAAUCAUCCCCGAGCCUUUUCUUUUAUAUUAACAAGCCUAUCUGAUAAAUUAACAAUACAUGUACUUUGCAGUUGAUUUUUAUUUGACCUGAAAAGAUACACCUGCAGAGUUAUUGAGCUUCCUUCAGUCAUCAAACAGGGUAAUCUUCUGUGACUCGGCUUGCUCUGUAAGAAAUAUGAGCUAGUUUUACCAUGUGACCUCAUGUUCAACCUCAACAUAAAUUCAUCCAAAUAUGAUCACUAUUAUUAGGUCUAUAAAUAAUAAUCAUUGGACAUAAUAUGAAUUACCUACCAAAUCCAGGUACUGACAUAAUAUAUCAAAUUCAGAUUUUUUUUUUUUUUUAAUUCUCAGGUACUUAUAUUGAAGUAUUUCUGGCAUCAUAACUUUCUGGUAGGAUCUGGCAAUAACUGGUUGGAGCACAGUAUAUAUUUAUAGAUAGGAACUCAAUGGCAUUUGCUUUUAAUGCCGACGGAGUGAUUUGUCCAGGCACUGUAGACCGACAGAUCCUAUUGAGAGACCUGUGGUUCACGAGUAGAAUUGUCCUGCAAAGUAAAUUUAAAAUGAUAUUUUUAAUGUAGUUUUUUAUGUGUGAAGAAUGGCCUAGUGGCUGAGACAGUGUUACAUGGAUGUGUGUAUGUGUAUGCUAGACUAGGAUUGUUACACUUGUAUAUAUUUAUAAUUACAUAUUGUUUUCUCAGUAUGGAAUAUGAAAUGAAGAGUUAGUUCCCUUGAACUGUAAGAGAGCAGUAACAUUUUAAUACUAAAUUUCUUUUGUAAAGUGAAGCAGGGCUACUGCUGUAGCUUUAUAUUUACUUGUGAUAAGAAGUAGUGUAUUAUUUUUUUGUUUAUUCACAACUUUGACAGCAUUAACUCUGUUAAACAUCCUGGUUCUCCAAUGUUACCGAUAGCUAGAUGGUCUAGAUUUACUGUAAAGAGAAUGUCUUGUUUCUUUAUUUAUUUUGUAUUUGAUAUUUUGCUUGAAAAUCAAUCCUAAAGUAUUGGAUAUCAUUUAAGAAGCUAUUGUUUCAGAUAAAAUGUUAUCUUUCACAAUAUAUAAACAUGAGUUAUAGAUAUCUUACAUGCCUUUUCUUUCAGAAUCUGUAAUUUUACUACCUACAUUAUGUUUUGAAUUAUUGCAGUAGCAAAAUUGUUUUUACAGCAAAUUAGUGAUUGCAUUAUUUAUUUAUUUUCAAAGUGUUUAUUUUGACAUGGAAUCUCUUUAAGUUGUGUUACUAUUAGAAACAACUGGGAUGACAUCAUCAUUCCAACAAGUGCUUUAUGUUUGUCUGUGAUACAUUCCACGAAUUCGUCUUUUCAUCUGCAAAGUACUAUCACUCUGCCAAACAUGGUUGCUUCAAAAAAUGACUUUCCAUUGUCCUAAUUUUCUUCAUCCAGGACUUUAAUUGUUAGAGUUGUGAAGAAAUUAAAAUCAUUAGAUGUGGAAAGAUGUGUUCACAUCACUUUUUGUACACUUCAUGUUUUCUUAUGAAUUUCUGUUUUUGUUGAUCUUGGGAGGGAAUUAAUUAUGAAAGCCAAGUAGAAUUAUAUUGUGUAUUUUUUAUUACACAAUAUAAAUUUGAAAUUAUGUAAUUUUUUCAGUGUUGAUAAUGUAAGGGAAACAAAUAAUGCUGUUUUUUGACCAUCCAGAUUUCGGGUAAUAUUUCAUUAUACAUCUACUUUCAAUUGAUUACCUUAAUCAAGAAAUAGUUUGUAUCAAUUUUUUAAACAUUUUUUUAAGCUUUACUUUAUUGGCUGAACUACAAAACAAUUGGAUCUGUAAUGGACCAUUGUCUAAGGUAAUCCUAAUCUGUAUUUGAUUUGUCAGGCAGAUCAGUUCAAACAAAUUUACAAACAUGACUUUGAUAACUUAUAGAAAAUUCUGUAAUGCAUCACAAAGAAAAAACAAUUUAAGCGUAAUUUAAAUACUUAUGUAUUUUAUGUUAACAUGAGAUGAGACUUUGUUAAAGUUUCUCUGUGGAAGUAAAGCUGAAUAAAAUGU